AUGGCUCGCGGCGUCGAAGGAAACGAAAUGGCAACGCCUCGCCCGUCACAGAAGAAGCAGCCUGCGUCUGCAUCGCAGUCCGCCAAGGGGCAGAGGUCGAUUCUAGGUUUCUUCCAGAAGAAGUCGACCAAUUCACCAAGCCCCGCGCCGUCCCAUGUCACACCAGCCCAAAAAACACCCACUUCGACAAUUGCCACAAAGGCCUUAACCCAACCCUCUGCGGCCAUCACCCCGGUUCCCAGCAGCGACGCCCCGGAUUACUCGAGCCCUAUCAAACAAGACCGAGAGCUCACGGUAGGAAGAAAUAAGGAGAAUGAGCCUGCCGAUAUCACCCCGAGCAGCCCGACACGCAAAGCCAGAAAGCCCGUCAACUAUGCCGAGUCCGACGAAGACGACGACGUUCUGGGUCCCAUUGCAAACAACGCGAGAGGCCGGGCUACAAAGCGUCAGCGAGUGGUUGUUGACGACGAUUCCGACGACGAGUUCGGCUUGGAUGCUGCCACGCAAAGGGCAAUGCUUGAAGACGAGGAAGAUGAUGUAGACGACUUCAUAGUGCCCGAUGAUUCCGAGGAAGAAGUUGUGUCCAAGAAACGCAAACGUCCUACAUCUACAAAGCCCCGCGCCAAAACCUCGCCAGCAUCAUCACCGCCAGUUCUCAAAGAUCAGGACGAUGAAGAUGAAGGCGACAUCGUCAUGACCAGCACAUCCACAGCACAACAAUGGGUGUACGACCCUGAGAACCCCACGGUGUUCAAGCCACGACAAGCAGUUCCGUCCCUGAAGAAGGAAAUGAGUGUAAGGACAAAAGCGAAGCCCUCUGCCUCUGAGCCAGAAGCAAGAUAUCCAUGGCUAGCCAACAUGCAAGACGCCGAUCGCCAUGCACCCGACCAUCCUGACUACGAUCCCCGUACAUUGUUCAUCCCACCCGCUGCGUGGCGUGAGUUUUCGCCUUUUGAAAAGCAGUAUUGGGAGAUUAAAAGCAAGUGGUGGGACACUGUCGUCUUCUUCAAGAAAGGAAAAUUCUAUGAGCUCUAUGAGAAGGAUGCGUCAAUUGGACAUCAGCUCUUCGAUCUCAAGCUGACCGAUCGUGUCAACAUGAGGAUGGUUGGUGUGCCAGAAGCCUCCCUGGAUAUGUGGGCGACACAGUUUGUUGCCGCUGGCUACAAAGUUGCUAGGGUCGACCAGAUGGAAUCUGCUCUUGGUAAAGAGAUGCGCGAACGUGACGACAAAGGCAAAACCCCAAAGAAACAGGAGAAGAAGGGCAAGGAGGUCAUUCGCCGAGAACUGGCCACUGUCCUGACGUCCGGCACCCUCGUCGACACCGGCAUGCUCCAAAGCGAGAUGUCGACGUACUGCAUGGCCAUCAAAGAGAUUGAUCGGGAUAACUUGCCGGCUUUCGGUAUUGCGUUUGUCGAUACUGCAACAGCACAAUUUCAACUUUGCGAGUUCACCGACGAUGUCGACAUGACCAAGUUCGAGACCCUUAUUGCACAAAUGAGGCCUGGUGAGCUGCUCCUGGAAAAGUCGUGCGUUUCUGCAAAGGCACUGCGCAUUUUGAAGAAUAACACUGGGCCAACAACCAUCUGGAACUGGUUGAAGUUGAACAAGGAAUUUUGGUCAGCUGAUGUCACCAUCCGAGAACUCGAGGCUAGCAAUUACUUCGAGUCGCAAACAGGAGAUAAUAUUGAGGCAUGGCCACCAGUCUUACGCGAAGCUCGCGAAAAAGAGCUGGUCAUGUCCGCAUUCGGCGCUCUUGUCCAGUACCUGCGAACAUUGAUGAUUGAGCGCGAUCUCGUAACGCUGGGCAACAUCCAGUGGUACGACCCCAUUCGCAAAGCCACUAGCCUGGUGCUCGAUGGGCAAAGCCUGAUCAACCUGGAGAUAUUCGCCAACACGUUUGACGGAGCGACUGAAGGUACCCUCUUCGCCAUGUUGAACCGGUGCAUCACACCUUUUGGCAAGCGGUUGCUGCGGCAAUGGGUUUGUCAUCCGUUGGCAGACGCACAGAAGAUCAAUGCCCGCCUUGAUGCCGUGGAUGCUCUGAACAAGGACUCAUCUAUCAUGGAGAACUUUAGCGGUUCAUUGAGUAAGCUGCCGGAUCUUGAGCGCCUCAUUUCACGUGUACAUGCUGGCCGUUGCCGGGCACAAGACUUCCUCAAGGUCUUGGAGGGCUUUGAACAAAUUGAAUACACUGUCAGCUUGCUCAAGCAGUUUAGCGAUGGAGAGGGUGUUAUUGGCCAGCUCAUCUCGUCAAUGCCGGAUCUUGCAGCGUGUCUCGAGAAGUGGAAGUCGGCUUUUGACCGUGUUGCUGCAAGGAAGGACGGCAUUCUUAUCCCUGAAGCUGGUGUUGAAGAAGAUUAUGAUAACAGCCAGGCAGAAAUUGACAACUGCGAGGCUAAUCUCGAGACACUGUUGAAAAACGUACGCAAAGAGCUCGGUUCCAACUCAAUCAUUUACAACCACCUCGGAAAGGAAAUCUACCAGUUGGAAGUGCCAAAGAAGGUCAAGGUUCCAAAGAGCUGGGACCAAAUGUCGUCUACAGCAAAGGUCACACGCUACUACACGCCCGAGUUGCGGAAGCUGGUCCGGGCAUUGCAAGAAGCCCAAGAGACUCAUGGUCAGAUUACUCGCGAGGUUGCCAGUCGCUUCUGCCAACGCUUCGACGAGGACUACAAGACCUGGCUCGCGGCUGUCAAGAUCAUUGCCCAGCUCGACUGCCUCAUUAGUCUUGCAAAGGCGUCUGCUUCGCUGGGAGAGCCCAGUUGCCGUCCUGUCUUUGUAGAGGGUGACCGCACUGUUGUUGAAUUUGAGGAGCUUCGCCACCCGUGCAUGCUCAACACUGUCGAUGACUUUAUUCCCAAUGACAUUAAGCUGGGCGGUGAUGCCUCCAACAUCAGCCUGCUUACUGGCGCCAACGCUGCGGGUAAAUCGACCAUCUUGCGCAUGACAUGCAUAGCUGUCAUCCUCGCCCAAGUCGGCUGCUACCUACCGUGUACUUCGGCCAGGCUCACACCCGUCGACCGCAUCAUGUCUCGUCUGGGAGCCAACGACAACAUUUUUGCCGCCCAGUCUACCUUUUUCGUUGAGCUCUCGGAAACGCAAAAAAUUCUAUCGGAAGCUACGCCCAGGUCGCUGGUCAUUCUCGAUGAACUCGGCCGUGGCACAUCGUCUUACGAUGGUGUGGCGGUUGCACAAGCCGUCCUUCACGACAUUGCAACGAGGGUCGGCUGCGUGGGCUUCUUUGCGACGCACUACCGCUCGCUAGCCAAGGAGUUUGAGUUCCACCCCGAAGUGCAAAACAAGCGUAUGCGGAUUCACGUCGACGAUGCGUCCAAGUCGAUUACCUUUCUCUACAAGCUUGAAGAAGGCGUUGCCGAGGGCAGCUUUGGUAUGCACUGCGCUGCCAUGUGCGGCAUUCCAAGCAAGGUGAUUGAAGAUGCAGAGAAGGCGGCUAAAGCGUGGGAACACACAAGUAGACUGGGAGAGAGGAUGGAGGUAAACAAGGAAGAGGGUGGCGUGUAUGUGCCACUGGGUCUCCAGAGCGAUGUUUCGUGGGCGCUCAGGGAGGGGCUGGAAGGAGUGGGAGAGAGGGCCAUGGAUGUACUACUCGAGGCUAUUUCAGCGCUCUGAGUAGGCAAUGGUAUUGCGG